AUUUUCCUUUCUUAAUAUUGAAAGUUAUUUCUCUAUAAAUAUUAUUAUUUUUUCGAUAAAAAUGUAUUCCGGGGAUGAUUCAAAGAGAAAGAGGAGAUUGGCCAUUAUCGGCGUCUCUUCUAUGCUCUUGGUAGCUAUGGUUGUAGCUGUGACCGUUGGCGUUGGCCUUAACAAUGACGGUAAUGACGACCUCAAUGGCAGCAGUCAUAAAAGCACUAGUCAGGUUUCUGCCUCGGUGAAAGCCGUCAAAGCAAUUUGCCAGCCCACUGAUUACAGAAAAACAUGUGAAGAAAGCCUCCAAAAAGCUGCUGGAAACACCACCAAUCCUAAGGAGUUGAUCAAAAUAGCAUUCAAGAUUGCAGAGAAGCAAAUUAAUGAGGCUUCCGAGAAAUCAAAGCUUUUGGAGGAACUCUCAAAGGAUGCAAGAACCCGAGGGGCUCUUCAGAGCUGCAAAGAGCUUAUGAACAUGUCUGCUGGUGAGCUCAAGCAAUCUCUUAACAAAGUAACGGAUUUUGAUCUUAGUGAGUUAGAGACAUUGAUGGCAGAUGUUAAGACCUGGCUUAGUGCUUCCAUCACAUAUCAAGAGACUUGCUUGGACGGGUUUGAAAACACAACCACUGAUGCUGGAAAGAAAAUGAAGAAGGGAAUGAAGCUGGGCAUGGAGCUUAGCGCCAAUCUCCUUGACAUCGUUUCCGGGAUCUCUUCCGCAAUCCCUUCAUUGGAAAGUUUCACCCACCGCCGCCUUCUUCAAGACGAUCUACCUGUUCUUGGCCAUGGUGAUCAAUUCCCCACGUGGACUGACUUUGGAACCCGCAGGCUCCUAGCUGCACCCGUUUCGAAGAUUAAGGCUGACAUUGUUGUGGCCAAGGAUGGAAGUGGAGAUUUCUCAACUAUCAGAGAAGCAUUGAAACAUGUUCCCAUCAAGAGCAAAAAGGCCUUUGUGUUACACAUAAAGGCAGGAGUUUAUCAAGAGUACCUUGAGAUCAGUAAGGGCAUGAUUAACUUGGUGGUGAUAGGAGAUGGCAGGGAAAAUACUCGCAUCAUCGGAAACAAGAACUUUGUUGAUGGAAUCAACACUUUCCACACCGCAACAGUAGCUGUCCUCGGAGAUAACUUUGUGGCCAAGAAUAUUGGUUUCGAGAACAAUGCUGGUGCCAUCAAACAUCAGGCUGUGGCGUUGAGAGUUUCGGCUGAUUACGCUGUCUUCUACAACUGCUCAAUGGACGGACACCAGGAUACAUUAUACACACAUGCCAAACGUCAGUUCUACCGAGACUGCAGCAUCUCCGGCACCAUUGACUUCGUCUUCGGUGAUGCUUCUGCAGUCUUCCAAAACUGCAAAUUCUUGGUCCGCAAGCCAUUGGAAAACCAGCAGUGCAUUGUGACUGCUCAAGGCAGGAAAAUGAGGAGGCAGCCAUCAGCUCUUAUCAUCCAAAACAGCACUAUCACAGCUCACCCUGACCUAUUCCCUGAAAGAAAACAAUUCAAGUCAUACCUCGGCCGUCCAUGGAAGGAAUACUCAAGAACAAUCAUCAUGGAGUCAUUUAUCGACGAUCUCAUCCAACCCGAAGGAUGGUUGCCUUGGCUCGGAACUUUCGGACUCAAGACUUGUUGGUACACAGAGUUCAACAACUACGGUCCUGGUUCUAGCAAGAAUCUUCGUGUGAAGUGGAAUGGAAUCAAGACCAUCAACCGUCAACAUGCCAUGGAUUUCACACCAGGAAGGUUCCUAAAGGGUGAUUCCUGGAUCAAGGCCACCGGGAUCCCCUACACACCUUUCUUGGUCAGAAAAUAA